AUGGAGCCGUUGCGGUUGGAGCAGGAUAAGCUGGACAAGAAGGGUAGCCUGUCAAAGACGAUUGACCAUGUGCAAAAGACGAUCGAUUUACUCGUCGCCGCACGGCAAGCCAUAGCAGCUGAUGCGAGUGCCCGAGGGCCAACGCUGGCCAAACUGAAGCGACCGGUCAAGGCCUCACUAGAUCAAGUCAACUCGGACAUCAAGGACAUCUACUCGGCCCACAAGGACUACUCCAAAGCCUUAGAUAAGAAAUUCAAACCACAAGCGAUGCCUACUUCGCAACAUGACGCUCUCGCAUCACAACCCGCCCUCACCAAUCGUGCAAUAGCCAUGCAUCUCCUACGCGAAGGCCAGUUCAAUGUCGCCCAGACCUUUAUCGCCGAAGCAAACGCAAACCCAAAUACUGCCGCUACAAGAGAUGGCCAAGACGGAGAUAGCCUCAUGAAGGACAAUAACCCUACCCACAUCUACGACAUGGACCGUGACAGCGCUGGUGCCCUGCAGUCAAGCUUCGCCCACAUGUACCUUGUCCUGGACGCCCUACGUAACGACCACAAUCUGAAUCCUGCUAUCGACUGGGCUCGCCAACACAGCCAUCAACUCGACCUACGAGGCUCAAAUCUCGAGUUCGACCUAUGCCGUCUCCGCUUCGUCGAGCUCUACACCCAACACAACCCCGAUGAUCCCAUGUCUGGUCCAUUAAGAGCCCUCGAAUAUGCUCGCCACACCUUUCCCAACUUUUCCGCUCGCUACAUGCGCGAAACAUCCUCUCUACUGGGCUCUCUAGCCUUUGCUCCAGCCCUGACCUCCUCACCAUACAAGAGCGUCUUCUUCAACCACGACGCCUGGGAACACGCCGCAUCAAGCUUCAUCCGUGAAUUCUGCGCCAUGCUGGGCCUGAGUGAAAAAAGCCCCCUCUACACCGCCGCAACCGCCGGCGCCAUCGCGUUGCCCGUACUCGAAAAACUCGAGCGCGUCAUGGGUGAAGUCGGUGGCCAAUGGACCAGUGUCAAUGAACUCCCCGUUGAGAUCCCAUUGCCGCAUUCCUAUCUCUUCCACUCGAUAUUCGUGUGUCCGGUCAGCAAGGAACAAGGCACCGAUGCCAAUCCACCUAUGAUGUUGCCCUGUGGUCAUGUUAUCGCCAAGGAAUCACUGGAGAAGAUCAGUAGGGGAAACAAAAGAUUCAAGUGUCCGUAUUGUCCUGUCGAAGGACAUCCAAAGGAAGCCAGGAAAGUCUUUCUCUGA